GCAAGACCAGUCCUCCGCCCCUCGACUCUACACACCUCUGCUGAGCCGCCUCCAGGCUGCUUCAACUCCCAAAAUACCCUCUCAUCCUCUCCCUACCUCAAUCAACGUCCUCCAGCAUGCCAAAAGCCAACAAGAAGCUCCCCGGCGGGGUGCCCAACGCCUCUUCCUCACCCUACACAAAACCCUCUUCCUCCUCGGCCUCGAACGCCAUCUUCAAGAUGAACACAGACAUAGGCCAGCACGUCCUCAAGAACCCCGGCGUGGCUACUGCGAUCGUCGACAAAGCUGACCUUAAACAAUCCGACAUAGUCCUCGAAGUCGGUCCCGGCUCCGGCAACCUGACGGUCAAGAUCCUCGAAAAGGCCAAAAAAUGCAUCGCCGUCGAACUCGACCCUCGCAUGGCCGCCGAAGUCACCAAACGUGUCCAGGGCACACCGCAGGGCAAACGCCUCGACGUCGUCCUCGGCGACGUGAUCAAGACCGACCUCCCCUACUUCGACGUCUGCAUCAGCAACACGCCCUACCAAAUCUCCUCGCCUCUAGUCUUCAAAUUACUCGCAACCACCCCGUCCCCGCGAGUCUGUAUACUCAUGUUUCAGCGCGAAUUCGCCCUGCGCUUGUUCGCCAAACCGGGCGAUAAACUGUACUCGCGACUCAGCGUGAACGCCCAGAUGUGGGCGAAAAUCGACCAUAUCAUGAAAGUCGGCAAGAACAAUUUCAAGCCCCCACCCGCCGUCGAGAGCAGCGUCGUCCGGCUCGUGCCCAAGAACCCGCGACCCAAUAUCUCAUAUGAAGAGUGGGACGGCCUGCUACGGAUAUGCUUUGUGCGGAAGAACAAGACCCUCCGGGCCAAUUUUUUAGGAACAACCAGCAUAUUGAACCUUCUCGAGACGAACUAUCGAACCUGGUGCGCCCAGAAUGAUAUCCCUCUCGAAGACGGCCCAGCCGGAGACUCGACGACGUUAAUGGAAGUCGAGAAUACACUAGCCGUCGAUGCCGAGGAAGAAGACGAAGACCGCGAUGAAUGGGAUGGGUUCAUGGACGUCGAUGCAGACGAGGACGAGUUACCGUCAUUCUUCAAGGAACAGCAGCAGCAACAACAGCAAUCCUCCAAAACAGCAAAGGGUGCCAACCGGAAAAGGCGAGGCAAAGUCUCUGAGCUCGUCCGCGAGAAAAUCCGCUCGGUCCUUGAAGAUAAGACGCAACUCGGCGAUAAACGUGCCCGGAUGUGCGAUGAGGGCGACUUUUUGAAGCUAUUAUACAAUUUCAACCUCGAAGGCAUACACUUUCGGUGAGAAUGAUUCGGCCCCGAGGCCGGAUACGAGCGUGAAGAGAUGAGAGGAAAAGUCUUAUGAUUUAUAUGACGAACAACUUACGAGAUACCCCAUAGACAAAAGUUCGAUUCGUUUCAGGCCACAUCAGAGGAAGUGGGCAAUACCAGAUUUCAGUCAAAGAAGCAU